UCGCGCGGGGCCUGCGGGGAGGGGGAGAGUUGUGAAAAUGGCGGCGGUGGUGGAGGUGGAGGUUGGAGCAGGUGCUGCCGGGGAACGGGAGUUGGAUGAGGUUGAUAUGUCAGACCUCUCUCCAGAGGAGCAAUGGAGGGUCGAGCACGCACGCAUGCAUGCCAAGCACCGCGGCCACGAAGCCAUGCACGCUGAAAUGGUCCUCAUCCUCAUCGCUACCUUGGUGGUGGCCCAGCUGCUCCUGGUACAGUGGAAACAGAGGCACCCCCGCUCCUACAAUAUGGUGACCCUCUUUCAGAUGUGGGUUGUUCCCCUCUAUUUCACAGUAAAGCUGCACUGGUGGAGGUUCCUAGUGAUCUGGAUCUUGUUCUCUGCCGUCACAGCCUUUGUCACCUUCCGAGCCACCCGAAAACCACUAGUACAGACAACCCCAAGGUUGGUUUAUAAGUGGUUCCUGCUGAUCUAUAAAAUCAGCUAUGCCACUGGCAUCAUUGGCUACAUGGCUGUCAUGUUUACCCUCUUUGGUCUUAACUUGUUAUUCAAGAUCAAACCAGAAGAUGCCAUGGACUUUGGCAUUUCUCUCCUCUUCUAUGGCCUCUACUAUGGUGUUCUUGAGCGGGACUUUGCAGAAAUGUGUGCAGACUACAUGGCAUCUACCAUAGGGUUCUACAGUGAGUCGGGCAUGCCCACCAAACACCUCUCGGACAGUGUGUGUGCCGUGUGUGGGCAGCAGAUCUUUGUGGAUGUCAGUGAAGAGGGCAUCAUCGAGAACACAUAUAGGCUGUCUUGCAAUCAUGUAUUCCACGAGUUCUGUAUCCGCGGCUGGUGCAUUGUGGGAAAGAAGCAGACGUGUCCCUACUGCAAAGAGAAGGUAGACCUCAAGAGGAUGUUCAGCAACCCCUGGGAGAGGCCUCAUGUCAUGUACGGGCAACUGCUGGACUGGCUUCGAUACUUGGUAGCCUGGCAGCCUGUCAUCAUUGGCCUGGUGCAAGGCAUCAACUAUAUCCUGGGCCUGGAAUAGUCAGGAAGAAGAGCAUCCACCCACCAUGGACCUCAGGGCACUCUCCUCCCUGCCCUCCAAGACCUCCUGGGUGGGAAAGACUCAAAGGGGCACUCGGGCCACUCAGGACCCCUCCGGCUGUGUCCGGGCUGGGGAGGGAUAUGAUGGAGAGCCAGCAGGUGGGGCUGUCAGCAGUGGGCGGAUUUUUAAAAGAAAACUAUUUUGAUGAAUAUAUUUAAAAACCUUUUUUAUUGUGGA